AUGGCGUUGCCAAAGCCUCCUCAGGCGGCCCGGCAUGCGGCUGUUUCUCUCUCUGCUGCCGAGGCAUUGACGCCGCUGAUCCAAUCCACAUACACGACCCCAACCCUCAAAUUCUACCUCAAUGGGAACAAGGUCGAACUUGACAGCCCAGACCCUCAUUGGACUUUACUCGACUUCAUCCGCGCCCAGCAUGAUCUCAAAGGCACAAAGCUCGGCUGCGGUGAGGGCGGCUGUGGAGCCUGUACCGUUGUCCUCAGUUCGCCCAAAGUUUCCCCCAGGACUAAGAAGAUCGAGUAUCUCGCUGUCAACGCGUGCCUGUUUCCACUUGUCGGUGUUGACGGAAAGCACCUGAUCACCAUCGAAGGCCUCGGCACUGUCGACAAACCCCACCCUUUGCAGGAGCGUAUCGCGAAGCUACAUGGCUCGCAGUGCGGCUUCUGCACGCCGGGAAUCGUCAUGUCUCUCUACGCCGUAGUGCGGAAUGCUUAUAAUCCUGAAACCAAACAGUUCGAUCUGACCGAGGACACCAUCGAAAGAGAAGGACAUCUCGACGGGAAUCUCUGUCGAUGCACAGGCUACAAGCCAAUCCUACAGGCAGCCAAGACGUUCGUUACGGAGGACCUGAAGGGCAGAUUGGCUCCGGAGAAGGCGUCCUCGAAAUCCAACGACAUUGAGAUUGAUCUUACAGAUGCGUCCCCGAAAGCUGGUUGCGGAUCCUCAGCGAAGGGCUCGUGCGGAAGACCAGGUGGUUGCUGCAGGGAUAAGAGUCCAUCGUCAAGCAGCAGCAAUGACUCCGACAGCGAGAAAUCAACCUCGGCUUCUUCAGCAUUGACUGAGCCGGACGCACCUCUCCCAACUGCCAAGGUCACGGAUCAGCCUGGGACGGACUUGUUGGCGAGCGGCACGGCCUACGCGAAACCCUUGAAAUCCAGGGAGCAUGGCCCAGAGGGAACGAAGGUCGAGACAGAGCUUCCUGCACCCUUGGCCGAAUCCCGAAAGGGUGUUCCACGAUUCACCUUCAAGCCUUACCAACCAGAUACCGAACUCAUCUUCCCGCCGGCUCUCUGGAAGCACGAAAAGCGACCGUUGUGCUUUGGAAAUGACAGGAAGAUUUGGUUCCGACCUACCACUCUUGAGCAAUUGAUUGAGCUCAAGAACGCCUACCCUUCGGCUAAGCUUGUCGGAGGUGCCAGCGAGGUCCAAGUCGAGGUUCGGUUCAAGGGUUCCGAUUUUGCUGUGUCUGUCUACGUGUCAGACAUUGAGGAGCUCCAGGAGACGAAGCUGCCGAAGUCAGAGGCGGAGUGGGAUGCCAUGACUGAGAUCAACUUGGGAGCUAAUACGCCGCUCAGCGAGUUGGAGCAUGUCUGUAAAACGGUGUACGACAAGCUCGGUCAACGCGGCUUGGUCGUGGAAGCUCUCCGCAAGCAGCUGCGAUACUUCGCCGGCCGUCAGAUUCGAAAUGUUGCCUCUCUAGCCGGAAACAUCGCCACAGCAUCGCCAAUUUCAGAUGGGAAUCCCGUUUUGCUUGCUGCUGGUGCGCACGUCAUGGUCCGCAGUAAAAAUGGCGGUCCCGUUGCGCUUCCAAUGUCCAAGUUCUUCCUCGCUUACCGAACCACCACUCUCCCUCCAGACGCAGUGAUUACUCACGUUCGCAUUCCACUGCCUGCAGUCGGGGCGCGCGAGAUUACAAAAGCAUACAAACAAGCAAAGAGAAAAGACGAUGACAUUGCCAUUGUCACCUCCGCAUACCGUGUCCGCUUGGAUGACACAGGUGUCGUCACAGACAUCUGUCUUGCUUACGGCGGCAUGGCUCCUACCACGAUUGAGGCAAAGAACGCAAGGAAAGCAUUACUCGGGAAGACUUGGUUCGAAUCGGCGACUUUGGAGACCGGAAUGGAUGCCUUGGCUGCAGAUUUCAAUCUCCCGUACAGCGUCCCUGGAGGAAUGGCGCAUUACCGCAGAGCUCUUGCCGUGUCGCUCUUCUUCCGUUUCUGGCACGAGGUCGCCGCAGAGUUGGGUCUUGGAGAAGUCGACCAGGACCUCAUCCAAGAGAUUCACCGGGAAUUAUCAUCUGGUACCCGUGACAACUACAACCCGCACGAGCAACGAGUCGUUGGAAAGCAGAUCCCGCAUCUCUCAGCCUUGAAGCAGUGCACCGGCGAAGCCCAAUAUGUUGACGAUAUCGAGCGCCAAGACAGAGAACUGUUUGGCGGAAUGGUGAUGUCUUCGAGAGCCCACGCGAAGUUAGUCGAGGUCGACUGGACACCUGCGCUGUCGCUGCCGGGAGUGGUGGGUUACAUCGACAAAACCAGUAUUCCAAAAGAAGCCAAUAUCUGGGGCUCUGUAAAGAAAGACGAAACCUUUUUCGCUGACGGCGAAGUUCUUUCUCAUGGCCAUACCAUCGGAAUGGUCUAUGCAGAGACAGCACUGCAGGCCCAGGCGGCUGCGAGGGCCGUCAAGAUUGUAUAUGAAGACCUCCCGGCAAUUCUUACGAUCGACGAGGCCAUCGAGGCUAAAAGCUACUUCGCUCACGGCAAGCAGCUGAAGAAGGGACUUGCCAUCGAGGGGAGGAUGGAUGAGGCGUUUUCAAAAUGCGACCGAAUCUUCACCGGUGUUACUAGAGUGGGCGGGCAGGAGCACUUCUACCUGGAGACCAAUGCUGCUCUGGCUAUUCCUCACAAGGAAGAUGGCUCCAUGGAAGUAUGGACCUCUACCCAGAACACUACCGAGACGCAGGAAUUCGUCAGCCAGGUACUCGGCGUUCCCAGCAACAGGAUCAACGCUCGGGUCAAGCGGAUGGGAGGCGCGUUUGGAGGAAAAGAAUCCCGCAGCGUACCCAUCGCCUGUUUGUGCGCCAUUGCUGCGAGAAAAGAAGGCCGCCCUGUACGAAUAAUGCUCAACCGCGACGAAGACAUGAUGACGACCGGGCAAAGACAUCCGAUCCAGGCACGCUGGAAGGUUGGCACGUCAAGAGACGGCAAGCUCCUGGCCUUCGACGCUGACGUCUAUGACAAUGCCGGAUACUCCCAGGACAUGUCCGGCGCCGUUAUGGAUCGUUGCUGCACACACAUCGAGAACUGUUACAACAUACCCGACGCUUGGAUCCGAGGGCACGUGUGCCGCACCAACAUCCACAGCAACACGGCCUUCCGCGGAUUUGGCGGCCCGCAGGCCAUGUACAUCGCCGAGCAGAUCAUGUACGCCAUCGCUGAAGAAACUGGGUUCGACAUCGACGACCUGCGCGUUAAGAACCUGUACCAGAUUGGCGACAGGACGCCCUUCCUGCAGCAGAUAGAUGUGGAUUGGCACAUCCCGACGAUGCUCGACCAGCUCAAGAAGUCUGCGGACUUCGAGGCUAGGAAGGCGGCCAUCCGUGAGUUCAACCGGACGCAUAAGUGGAAGAAGCGGGGCAUCAGCAUGAUCCCGUCCAAGUUUGGCCUGAGCUUCGCCACAGCACUGCACCUCAACCAGGCCGGUGCGUACGUUAAAAUAUACGCCGACGGCAGCGUGCUGCUGCAUCAUGGCGGGACGGAGAUGGGCCAGGGCCUGUACACGAAGAUGUGCCAGGUGGCGGCGCAGGAACUGGGCGUGCCGCUCGACGCCAUCUUCAACCCGGACUCGCAAAGCUACCAAAUCGCCAACGCGUCGCCCACAGCCGCAUCAAGUGGCAGCGACCUCAAUGGCAUGGCUGUCAAGAAUGCGUGCGACCAGCUGAACGAGCGGCUGAAGCCUUACUGGGACAAGUACGGCAAGGAUGCGGAGUUCAAGACGAUCGCGCACGCGGCGUACAUCGAUCGCGUCAACUUGGCCGCCAACGGCUUCUGGAAGAUGCCUAGGAUCGGAUACGUGUGGGGGGAGUACGACGUGAAGAAGGUGAAGGACAUGUACUACUACUUCACCCAAGGCGUCGCCUGCUCGGAAGUCGAACUCGACUUGCUCACCGGCGAUCACACUACCCUUCGUUCCGACAUCCUUAUGGACGUCGGCCAAAGCAUCAACCCGGGCAUCGACUAUGGUCAGAUCGAAGGCGCCUUCGUACAGGGCGUCGGUCUCUUCACCAUUGAGGAGUCCCUCUGGACCUCCCGAGAGGGCCAGCUCGCCACCCGCGGCCCCGGCACGUACAAGAUCCCGGGCUUCUCGGACAUCCCGCAGGUCUUCAACGCGGCCAUGCUGAGGGUCGAUGGCGAGGGCAAACCACUGACAUGGAAGCAUUUGAGGAGUGUGCAGAGUAGUAAGGGGAUUGGGGAGCCGCCGCUUUUCUUGGGCUCAACGGUGUUCUUUGCGCUCAGAGAGGCGGUGAAGGCGGCGAGGAGGGAUAAUGGGUUGGUGGACAAAAUGAAAGGUGGCAGAGGAGAGAGAUUUUGCUUGGAGAGCCCCGCGACGGCGGAGAAGUUGCGAUUGGCGGUCGGCGAUUCGAUUGUGAAGAAGACGGCGGUGGUGAAGAAGGAGGGAGAGACGCCGUUCUUUGUGACGGUUGCUUGA